AUGAGCGUCCAACUUCCCCCCGCAACUCACCGCAAGCGCGCGCUCCCGCAAGGCGAGCUCGAGGCCGCCUCCACGCUCAAGCUCGGCGCUGAUCAGAACACACAUACCCUCUCUCUAUCCGAAGCUCGUCUCGUCAUCCACAAGGUUCUGGAGAACAAGCGCCGCGGAGGAAGCAAGUACGAGGAGCCAGAGAACCUGACCAAGACAUUGGACUACCUGGAUAUUUUCGCGCGAUUCAAGGAUGAGGAGAACAUCAAGGCGGUGGAGCGGUUGUUGAACUCGCAUACGGAAUUGGAGAUGUUCGAGCGGUCGCAAUUGGGAAGUUUAUGCUGUGACAAUGCCGAGGAGGCCAAGUCACUCAUUCCGAGUUUGCAGAACAAAAUCUCCGAUAGCGAGUUGCAAGAGUUGCUGGAUGAGUUGACCAAGUUGCGGAAUUUCACCGAGUAG